AAGACAUCAGGAGACCAUGAAAAGCCACUUAGCGGCAGACUCCUAGGCAAUUCGCCCUCCUGGCUCUGGGAACAACUCUAGCCCAGUCUUUUCCACCAUGAGCCGCAGACCCAGCGCCGCCUCCUACUGUGCCAGCGCCAGCCCACUUCCUGCCCUCCAGGUGUUGCUGCUACUGUCACUGCUCCUGACCACGCUGGUUCCCUCCACCAUCGGAGAAACUAAACGUGGGGAAAGAUUGCUGUACGUGGAACUUCGCUGCCUGUGUGUGAAGACCACCUCUGGCAUUCAUCCCAGUAACAUCCAAAGUCUGGAGGUGACCAGGGCAGGACCCCACUGCACCAAAGUUGAAGUGAUAGCCCUGCUGAAGAAUGGGAAGAAAAUCUGCCUGGACCCAGAAGCUCCUGUAAUCAAGAAAAUAGUCCAGAAAAUGCUGGAAGAUCGUGGGUCAGCUGCUUAAUCUUUUCACUUUCUGUUAAACCUUUAUUUUAAUCUCCCAGGAAGGAUAGGCGUUUGAAGUCUUGGUUUUCUAGAGUUCUUAUUUAUCCAGGACACCUAGUCAUAUUGUAUUAAACUUUGGGUAUGUUUUUCAUUCUGUCUCAAAAGUUACAUUUUAUUCUGAGAAGACUGGUUAAUAGAUGACAGAGAAAACGAUGAAAGUAAGCAAGGCUAGUUUCAAAAAACAAUAUAUGGUUUUCUUCCCAAUUCUUGGCUAAAUGGGGUACUAUGCUUUGCAUUUCUUUUUCUAAACAUUUCUUUCUGAAUACAUUUGUGUUAUCUUGCUCCACUGUGCUAUUAAACUCACCAUGCCCAUGAUUCCAUAAUGGUCAGUGAUGCUAGGAACCACACAGAGCCCGGCAGAGUGCACUUGCUUGAUAAAUGUUCAUUAACAUAUUUAGGGACUUAGUAGAGCUUUUCAUUGUCUUAGUCCUAGGAUGUCUUGUUUCAAAGCAUUCCCUGAAAGAUUUUCCUAAUGUUUGUUAGCCUUCAAAUCCUAAAAAUAAUAAAGCUGUAGAAUGUGAA